CACCGUUACCGCAGCAGCAGCGGCGGCAGUAGUUGGUGGUGGUGGAGGUGGUGUGAUCAUGUGACGCCUGCAUUUCCGACACAACAAUACAACGCCGUGUCGGUCCACAUCCACGCUCCCACUCGCUCUCUCUCCCCCUGACCCCCCCACGCCUCGCUCUCGGUAUGGCGGACGGCGAGAGGUCCCCUUUACUGUCAGACCUUGGAGAUGGCAGCGGUAACGGCGGCGUGUCUCCCGGUGCAGCGCCCUACGGUGUUCCCAACAAACCACAGAGCUUCCCCCCCUUCCCCAGCCCAACUCAGCCCUCGGUGCUCCUCGGGGAGGAUCCUCCACCCUACUCACCGCUCACCUCCCCCGAGAGUGGCAGUGCUCCUGUCAUCAACUGCAGGGUGUGUCAGAGUCUGAUCUCUGUGGAGGGCAAGAUACACCAACAUGUGGUGAAGUGUGGAGUCUGCAAUGAAGCAACGCCCAUUAAGAACGCUCCAGCUGGGAAGAAGUACGUGCGCUGCCCUUGUAACUGCCUGCUCAUCUGCAAAGUCACUUCCCAGAGGAUCGCCUGUCCCCGGCCAUACUGUAAGAGGAUAAUUAAUCUGGGUCCAGUUCAUCCUGGUCCGGCCAGUCCCGACCCUCAGCCAGCCGGGGCCCGUGUCUCCUGUGGACACUGCAGCAACACCUUCCUGUGGACAGAGUUCACAGACCGGACGCUGGCCAGGUGCCCACACUGCAGGAAAGUCUCCUCCAUUGGUCAGCGGUAUCCCCGGAGGCGGAGCUUGUGGUGUUUUCUACUCUGCUUGCUAUUUAGCAUUUCAACCGCUGGUUUGAUGGCUGGAACGUGGGUGAAGGCUCAGACCUACCAGGGGAUCUAUGCCUCAUGGGCCGUGCUGCUGCUCCUGGUUCUUGUUACCUUAGCUCGGGCCUUUUACUGGGCCUGCAUGAGGGUCAGUCAUCCCCUCCAGAACUUCACAUAGGGCCUCCUCAUCCUCCUUCAACUCUCUGCAGCACUCUUUUCUCAACCCACCAGGCAGGAGGAAAGAUGGCUUAAAAAAAACAGAAUAUUUAUUUAAAGCCAAUUCCAGAAAGAAAUCGUUCUCCUCCUCUUCCUCUCGUUCCUCCCCCUUUUAGUCAAAUGUGUUUCUAAAACUGGACGGCGGUCGCUGCGACCACUGUAUAUCUACUGGUAAUUAUGAUGAUGCGUAUAGCCUAAUGUACUGUCGAUCUAUUCUAAUCUUGUGGCCAGUGUGGGGUUCAUUUUAACAUUUUUAACACGUCCUCUUUCCUUCUUCUCUUUCUCCCCCCGCGCUCUUAUCAAUUCUGGCUUUAGUCUGUGGCACAUUUUGUUGCACUCUGGCAACUUCUGAGAUGAGGGCUUCAAGUUAAGUUCUCUUGUUUUUGGGCCAAUAUAUUUGUCCCUGCUCAGUCCUGAUUCAUUCAAUAUUAGGUUUAAUAAUCCAGGAAUUUCACUUUUUUUAAAAAAGAUAUUAUUUUGUGACCAUGGCAGAAGGUGUAUAUAUA